ACCCCCCAAAAAGAGAAGAUCCCCUCCCCAGGCCCACCCCUUCCCCUCUUCCCUCCCCCCUCCUCCCGAACUUUCCCUCUCGCAUGCUUUUCCCCUGCACCACGGAUCGCCUCUCCGAUGCCGCUUGCCUGGAAGCUGCGUUAGGAGCGAGCGGCGGCGGUGGCGGCGGCGGCGGCGGCGGCAGCUCGGGAGUGCUAUGACCGGCAAACUCGCCGAGAAGCUGCCGGUGACCAUGAGCAGUUUGCUAAACCAACUGCCUGACAAUCUGUACCCCGAGGAGAUCCCCAGCGCGCUCAACCUCUUUUCUGGCAGCAGCGACUCGGUAGCCCAUUACAAUCAGAUGGCUACAGAGAAUGUGAUGGACAUCGGUCUGACCAACGAAAAACCCAACCCGGAACUCUCUUAUUCGGGCUCCUUCCAGCCAGCCCCUGGCAACAAGACCGUGACCUACUUGGGAAAGUUCGCCUUCGACUCCCCUUCCAACUGGUGCCAGGACAACAUCAUUAGCCUCAUGAGCGCCGGCAUCUUGGGGGUGCCCCCGGCCUCUGGGGCACUCAGCACGCAAACCUCCACGGCCAGCAUGGUGCAGCCGCCGCAGGGGGAAGUGGAGGCCAUGUAUCCGGCGCUGCCCCCCUAUUCUAACUGCAGUGAUCUCUACUCGGAGCCUGUGUCUUUCCACGACCCCCAGGGCAACCCCGGGCUCGCCUAUUCCCCCCAGGAUUACCAAUCGGCCAAACCGGCCUUGGACAGCAAUCUCUUCCCCAUGAUUCCUGACUACAACCUAUACCACCACCCCAACGACAUGGGCUCCAUUCCGGAGCACAAGCCCUUCCAGGGCAUGGACCCCAUCCGGGUCAACCCGCCCCCUAUUACCCCCCUGGAGACCAUCAAGGCGUUCAAAGACAAGCAGAUCCACCCGGGCUUUGGCAGCCUGCCCCAGCCGCCGCUCACGCUCAAGCCCAUCCGGCCCCGCAAGUACCCCAACCGACCCAGCAAGACCCCGCUCCACGAGCGGCCCCACGCGUGCCCGGCGGAGGGCUGCGACCGCCGUUUCAGCCGCUCGGACGAGCUGACCCGGCAUCUGCGCAUCCACACGGGCCACAAGCCCUUCCAGUGCCGGAUCUGCAUGCGGAGCUUCAGCCGCAGCGACCACCUUACCACUCACAUCCGCACGCAUACGGGCGAGAAGCCCUUUGCCUGCGAGUUCUGCGGGCGCAAGUUUGCGCGCAGCGACGAGCGCAAGCGCCACGCCAAGAUCCACCUCAAGCAAAAGGAGAAGAAGGCGGAGAAGGGGGGUGCGCCUUCUGCGUCCUCGGCGGCCCCGGUGUCCCUGGCCCCUGUGGUCACCACCUGCGCCUGAGGCUCGGGCCCCCAGAUCACACUUUUCCCCUCCAGUGUCUCCCGGCUGCUGGCCUGAAUGCAGCCGGAAAGCUAGCCACGGAGGCGCAGGGGCCGCGCCCUGGCCUCUCCAUGGACGUAAGGCCCCUUGUUUCCCUUCGCUGUCCCCCGUUUCCACCCUUUCACACCGGCCAACGGUCGGGGGCCAGGGCAGGAGGCGCCUUCCCCUUGCUGCCCCCCAUUAGCCAAGGCGUGGGGGCGGAAUGGUGGCGUCUAGCCCGCUUUGUUCAGUUGGGAUCGUCUUGAUCCAGGGGCCGCCGGGCCGGGCCAAGGACCUGCGGGGGACUGAAGGCUGGGCCCGCCCAAGCCUCGCUGGACCCAAGCACCUCAUGGUUCCCCCCACGUCUCCCUCGGUUCCCCAUCGAAGACCCGAGAGGGGGAGGGGGUAAGGAGCGCACCAAAGCGCAGAGCUUGCUGCCCGCCGCACGCACGCGCGCCUGCGUGCGGGGAUGCGCGCGAGUGUGCGUGCUCGCGUGAGUGUAUGUGUGCGUGUGUGUUUCUGUGUGUGCGUGUGUGUUUCUGUGUGUGUGUGUGUGUGCGCGCGCGCGCACGUGUGUGUGCGAGACUCUUGGGCUGAACUGGGCUAUGUCCACCCCAAACUCUUCCCCACCUCGGGUCCCCAGGCCGCUGGGGGCCUGCACGUGGCGGGACGAGACGGUCUUCCACCUGCUCCGAAAUAAUGUUUCUUACAGAAAUGCCUCGGGUGCCGCCGCCGCGGUGCUGCUACCGCCGCUUAGGGUUUGGCCCCUCAGAAUCCCUCCUUUUCCGAGCGCUUCCCUCUCAAGGCCUCAGGGCAGUUUGAUCUUCGGGGAGAAGAAGCAGCCAUCACUGAACCUGCCUUUUAAAAAAAUGUGUUUCCUCGGCCCCAGAGAUUUUAAAAUCUCUGUUCCUGAGUUUGCCCUUUUUCCCCCUCCUCUCCCUUCUCCCCUCUAAGCCUUUUCCCAUCUCUUUCCAAAUCUUUUUCCAAAAAGGCAGGCCUCAACCAACCACCCCAUUUUGCCAUCUUUUUGUUCUCUCACCCACAUACCCAUUUCUCUUCCCACCAUUAAUGGGAAUGCAGCCUUUUUUCUCUCUCUCUCUUUGUCAUCACCAACACAACAGGUAGAAUUCAAAUU